GACAAUGAAGUGUUCUACGAGCGCCGGGACUACCACUGCUGCAGCGAAACGUACGGCCCAAGGGGCAUGGAAGCUUGCUGGCUCCCACCGCAUGUGACCUUCGAGCGAUGCUGUCGUGCAGAGUUUGCACAGAUCUUUGGGUCCAAAGAAGCGGCUUCCAUCGUGGAGGCGAGCCCAGUGACCCGUCGGACGGAGCUCCUCGUGGUGGGUGGGGGCCCGGCGGCCAUGAUCAUGGCUUUGCUGCUUCUCUGCGAGCCGGUUCUGAAUUCCAUGGAGAGUCACCCAUCCAAGCUACUCUCCUUUUCCGGAAAUGGGCCUGUGUUCGUGCCGGGCCUCGGUCGCUUGGCGAGUGUGCUCCAGGACAGCCACUAUGGCAUGCAGAAGACUGUGGAUGCCCUGAAUGUGGUGAGAUCUGACCACAGAACGGACUGCCACAACGUUGUGGAAGGGUCCUAUCUGGACUUCCGUCCGCGUAGGGAGCCGAUCCCGCACGUCAUCGUCAGCGCCAGCGGCUGGGGAGGGCAUUGGACGAAGAUGCCGGCAGAGACCUUGGCCCUGACAACGUUUGCUGAUGUCUCCCUGCCGGGUUUCACCAUCUUCCAGUUCCUGAAGCUGCGCCACAGGAAGGCGAAGCCAUGUGAGCGCCCGAGUCGCGGGUUGGUCGAGGAGUAUUAUCGAGCGUAUGCUGACCAUUAUAACCUCUCUGCGUACCUGCAACCUGGGGUCGUCAAGGAGGUGGAGCUGGGGGAUGACGGGAGAUACCUGGUUUCAGCAGAGCUGAAAACUGGCGGCAGUCUGCGAUUCUCCAGCUCUGCAGUGGUGCUUGCCAACGGCCGUUUCGGAUCCCCUCGCUUGCUACCGACUCUUCCUGCAGAAAGUGGCUCCAGCGUUGGGCCCCUGCUUGUUAUCGGAGGCGGGUUGAGUGCAGCUGAUGCUGUGCUCGCAGGCCUCCGUUCUGGGAGGCAGGUGCAUCACAUUUUCCACAGAGGACAAAUCAUCCGGAACUAUGGCGACAGGGCUGAGCAAUACCCUGAAUACCACGCUUUGCGAGAGUUAAUGUCCGGAAGCAACGACAAGAAGGCUCUGGAAGCCGCCGUGGGCUCCGCCGUGAGCUCCCAGGUCAGCUAUACACCUUACAUGCAAGCCAGUCUCGUAGAAUUCCUGCAAAACCCAGAGCCAAGCAACUUCACAUGCCAGAUCGAGUUUGAGAACAGUUUACGGCGUGUCGUGGAGGUGUCCCAGCUCAAGGUCUAG